GAAACUGAUGGGAAUUUCAUUCUGUCUUUCAAGUUUCUCCUGCUUCAUACAUGUAGGUCUACUAUCCAUGAAAGAUAAACCCAUCAGCGCCUCACCAUGCCAUCUUGUCUCAGGCUCAACCGUGAGCGCCUCGCCGUGCCGUCCUGUCUCUGGGCUCAUGCAUCAGCGCCUCAUUGUGCCGUCUGUCUCCAGGUUCGUCCAGCAGUGCUUCACCGUGCCGUCUUGUCUCAGACUCAACCGUGAGCGCCUCGCCGUGCCAUCCUUGCUCUGGGCUCACCCAUCAGUACCUUGUCUGCGGGCUCAAUACAGAAAAAGUGUGGAUACAUGUACAAACAGGUGUCCAGGAAUCUUCCACACUGUUGUUCUUAUGAUGCGUCAGCUUCAGUUGCCACAUGCUUUUGAUGGUGUCUCUCUAUCAAUAUCUCCUACAGCGGUGUAUGAUAUUAACUGCAGGUGCUGAGUCAUGAAGUUCUUGAAUGGUGGUCAUGCGAUGUGUACAUAUCUGCUUCCUGCGAUUAAGCAUGCUGCUUGGUUUUGGAGUUGUACAUGUAUACUAGUGAUCGACUUAUGGCUCAGGAAGCAUAGAGAGAGUGAGAUACAACAAGAGACUGGACUGCAGUUGAUUGGUUCCUGGUGAUAUGAGGUUAGUUACAUUCUUUAUCCAGACUAUCUUGAAGUUUUGGAUUAUUUGACACUGAUUUAUGUAGCACCUUAGAUACAGGGUGCUGCAUCGCGUAAUAUGACUGCAGUGGCUUAGUGAUAAGUAUGAUUAGGAAGAGUUG